CACCUUGUUUAUUGCUUGUCCCACGUUCUCUCACUGCUCUAUAAGUCUUUCACUCUGUUAAACGUACUAAAUUCUUUCCUGCCGCCUACUCACCUAGUCUUUUCCAAUUCUGCGAGGAACUUUCGCUUCUGCUUCUCUUUGUCAUCAAACUCUCAUUCAACUACAAUCAUUCGCAGACAAAAAUCGAAAUCGAGCGCUAUGUCAUCAGAACCUAUUCGUCCUAGGUUCACUCGCUAUCCAGCGCCACGUCUCCCAUAUGAUUCGAAAAUUCACCGAUCACCGCGACAUCCGAAUGGCUCCCGGUUCGAUGUGAGGGCUACGUAUGGAGAUAAUCAUGCGCUGAAGCAGCACCAGCGACGACAACAACAAUAUGUAUCCACACAAUCUCGCAGUAUCAACUUCAAGUGGGAUGAGAAAGGAGAAGACGUUGCGACGAGGGCAGCGGAACCAACCAUCAACGACCUCUUCAUGCGAGCGAACGUCAGCAGGGAGGAACGACAGUUACACAGGAUGUGGAGGAUCGAGCGUAAUAGGCAAGCAAACGGGGGUAUCCAAAAGCAGAGGAAGAUGAAGGCCAGGAGCAACAUAUAUAACAGCUAUGAGAUGCUCAAUGGCCUGUACAAGGCUAUAUGCGCCCUCUUCGGUCCUACGGACGUCGAAAACAAGGACGAAUACGAAUAUACCACCGAAUCAGAGCAUGAAAACGACGACGACUACGGCGAGGAGGAGCCAAAACCACCACGACAGUGUCUUGAUCGUAAUCCCGACCCACCUACCCGCAUCCACCAACAAAGCAUCUUCGCAGCGAUCCUCCUCCUCCUCACAAACCUUCCCUCCGCCACCGCCAUAGCAACAGUAACAACACCAUCAACCCCAAACUACCCUUUCUCCAUCUGGACAGAAGCCUACGCCUUCCUCUUCCAAGACCCAUACUUCAUCCGUGCCUAUGCGACGAUUAACACCACCACUCCCACCAUCUCCUCCUCUCCAUGGACGGCGCCAACAAAUACCAUCCCAAAAUUCAUCAUGCUAGUCUUUCUCUGGAUUCUCAUGCAACCCUUCCUUCUCCUGACUUCCUUCCUCUUCCUCCUAACAGCACUGAUCCCACUCCACCACAACAACACAAGCUCACCCUCCACCCCGUCUUCAUCUUUCGCAUUCUCCAUCUCUCUCCUACUAAUUCUCUUCCCAUUCAUCCUCUCCCGUCUCCGCAGAAAGAAGAUGAAUGUCACAGAGUGCAUCUUCUAUCUCCUCCUCGCGCUAGGCGCGCACAUAUCCCGCGUCCCCUCUCCGAUAUCAACGGAAAUAGCAGCGGCACCUUUUCCACGCAGACGCAUAUUCUUCCAACUCGCGAUGCUGGGUGUCUGGAUGUGCGUAUCGCAGUCGCGCACCGUGCACAAAUACGCUUGUAUUGCGGUAAAGCACGUCACUGGUAAAGCCGCGAAUACUCUGGUUUCUAUUGCUGAGGUGGUUUGGCCACUCGUCGACUUUGUACUUGGAUUCGUUGGGUUUAUGAUUUUUGCGGUCGCGUAUGGGGUUAAAGUUGUGGGUCCGUGGGGCGCGAAGAGGGUAAAGAGGGCGUAUGUUCUGGCGUGGGUGUGGGUGCUUGGGCCGGUUUGGAAGGUUGGGUGGAGGGUGAAGAUGGUUGUGAAGAGGAUUGGGCCAGGGGAGUUGUUGGUGGCACUGGUGGUGCUGGUGGCUGGGAGGUGGUGGGUUGGAGAGGGAGAUUGGGCGGAUGAUUUGGUUGCUGGGGAGUUGAUGUGGAUUGAAAUUGUGGGUGCUGCGAUAUUGGGCUUGAGGAUGUUGUUCAUGUAG